AUGGAUUCCACUGAAAAAGCUACGUCUAUAGACAGUGUAGGUCAGAAGGAAAUAGGCUUGGGAGCAAAUGCUGUCUCAGGACACAAAUGGGAAAACGUCGAUUCUUCGUCGAUUGGAUCUCUCAAACAGGGUGAAUUGAAGAGAACUUUCUCAGUUUGGUCGAUCUUGGGUAUAGGUUUCGGGUUGACCAACUCGUGGUUUGGUAUUUCUGCUUCAUUGAUCACCGGGAUUCAAUCUGGAGGACCGAUGUUGAUUGUGUACGGGAUUAUUAUCAUUGCAUUUAUCUCUUAUUGUAUCGGUAUAACUUUAUCAGAAAUGUCUUCUGCCAUUCCAUCUGCUGGGGGACAGUACGUAUGGACAAGAGUGUUAUCGCCAAAAAAGUACUCUAGUAUUUUAGCAUACUUGUGCGGUUCAUUUGCUUGGGCUGGUUCGUUAUUUACAAGUGCCUCGAUGGCCUUGAGUAUUGCCAACGAAAUCAUGGCAUUUUGGGUGAUGAUGCACCCAGACCACAUUAUAAAGAAGUGGCAGUUGUUCGUUAUUUAUCAACUAGUUAACAUAUUUUUGAUUAUUUUCAAUUGCCACGGUAGAUACUUGCCAUAUAUUGCAAAUGCGGCAUUAUAUACAUCUUUAUUUUCAUUUGUCGUGAUCACGAUAACAGUUUUGGUGUGUUCCAGGGGCAACUACCAACCAGCUAGCUUUGUUUUUACUGAAUUCGAAAACGGUACUGGCUGGUCUUCUUCAGGUAUUGCGUUUAUUGUUGGAUUGGUCAAUCCUAAUUGGUCGUUCAGUUGUUUGGAUUCUGCAACUCAUUUGGCAGAAGAAGUGUUCAAUCCAGCAAGAGAUAUCCCUAUUGCAAUUAUGGGUACUGUUACCAUUGGAUUUUGUACAUCUUUCUGUUAUUCUAUUGCCAUGUUUUUUUCCAUUCAUAAUUUAGAAGAUAUUUUGAACUCAAGCACUGGUGUUCCAAUCUAUGACAUCUACUACCAAGCUUUAGGUAAUAGAGCAGGUGCUAUUUGUUUGGGUACUUUGAUUUUAUUGACUGCUUGUGGAUGUACUAUUUCGUCUCAUACAUGGCAAGCAAGAUUAUGUUGGUCUUUCAGUAGAGAUAAUGGUUUACCAUUUUCAAAGUAUUUAUCUAUUGUUGAUCCAAAGGCAGGUAUUCCAUUGAAUGCCCAUUUGUUUUCUUCUUUCUGGGUUGCAGUCUUAGGAUGUUUAUAUUUGGUUUCUGAUGCAGCAUUCAAUUCGAUGGUUGUGGGGUGUAUUACUUUCUUAUUAUUAAGUUAUAUUGUCCCUACUUUAUGCUUAUUGUACAGGGGCCGUAAUAAUAUCAAGCAUGGACCUUUCUGGUUGGGCCCACUUGGAUUAUUUGCUAAUAUUGUGACCUGUUGUUGGACUCUUUUUGCUUUAGUAUUUUUUUCAUUUCCUUCAUUCAUGCCAGUAACGGCUGGUACUAUGAAUUACGUUUCGGUUGUCAUUGUUAUUUAUCUUUUGUGGACUUUAAUUUAUUGGUGGUUCCCUGUUAAGGGCUGGGCCUGUAGAGAUAAUUUCGCUGGUGGUAGAGGUAACGAUGAAGAGGAAGAAUUCCCAGACGUUUGUUUAGAGAUAAAAUAG